GGUUCUCAGGCUUCUUCGCACACUGCGCCCCCUCAGGUACAGCAAGCAGUUGCAAGCAUUUUUGUGGUGUUGUCCAUCGUAUGCUUGGUUUACAACUCAGAUGCAGAUGAAAACUCUGCAGGUUAUCAGUCGGGCUCCUGGACUCAAACUGGUCGUGGAGACUUUGAUCACCUCUCUGAAGCCUAUAGGAAACAUAGUUCUCAUCUGCUGUGCCUUUUUAAUCAUAUUUGGCAUCCUGGGAGUCCAGGUAAAGAACAUGGGCUCUCUCUGAAACAUAAUGCCUAUUCAGUGUGCUACCUGAGAUUUUUCAUGUAUACUUUACCAGUGCGAUAACAUUUCUUACCUCUUAAUUUUUUUUCUAUUAUUAUUAGUUCUUUAAUCUUGCCUAGGGCACCAAGUAAGCCUGCCACUGCAGCAAUCUCAAAAAAAAUCUGAAUGCCUUUUAUCUUUUUUUCCUUUUCUUUUCUCAGAUUUUCUGCUUAAUCUUACUAUCACACCCUUUUUGUCUUUAUCACCAUUGCUUUCUUUUUCUUUUCAUUUAUUUGUUCAUUAUUUGUUCUGAUUUCUUUUUAGUGCCAUAUCUUGUUCUUUUCUUCAUAGAGAAUGUUUUCUUCUAUUUUCUCAUGGUCUUCUUUCAUAACACCCUUUUCUUUCAAAUACCCCACAGUACUCUGACAGUUUUAUUAAAGAGAUGUUGGAGACGUGGCAUUGAGUGACAUGAAGUGAGUGCCAUUUCUUUUGUCUCAACAGCUGUUCAAAGGCAAGUUCUACCAUUGCUUGGGCCUCGAUGUCAAAAACAUCACGAGCAAGUCCGACUGCCUCUUGGCCAAUUAUAAGUGGGUCCGUCACAAGUAUAAUUUUGACAACUUGGGGCAGGCUCUGAUCUCCCUGUUUGUGCUGGCAUCAAAGGACGGCUGGGUCAAUAUCAUGGAUCAUGGUCUGGAUGCAGUGGCAGUGGACCAGCAGCCCAUAACCAAUAACAACCCCUGGAUGCUGCUGUACUUCAUCUCGUUCCUCCUGAUUGUCAAUUUCUUCAUGCUGAACAUGUUCAUUGGAAUAGUGGUGGAGAACUUCUACAAGUGCCAACUGGACCAGGAGGUGGAAGAGGCCAAGAGGAGAGAGGAAGAGACUGAAACGCAUGGAGACAAAGAGACGGAGUAAGGAGGAGAAAAAGUGUUUUGAAUGGGUCAAUAUUGGAAUAAUAACAGUGGAAUAAUAAUAACCUCCUGUUCAGUUUAAUAUUGUCUUCAGUUUGAGGAAAACUAUAUAUAUUUAUUAUACUAUACUAUUUAUAUAUAAUCUUGUUAAAAAUAAUGCAGUUACUGAUAUUAGACAUGCUGAAGUAUGUAGGGCCACAGCCCUACUGGCCAUACUGGUUUCACAGACAGGAGGAGGAAAUCUAGGGAUGCACAAUAUUAUUGUCUUGUCUCCAGAAUAGGCCGACAAAAGCUUAAAACGUAAACAUCAGCAGAUAUUAAAAUGUACAUUACAUUGUACAUGUUAUUGUUAUGUCUGUUCCAGACACAUCUUCCACC